AUGGCUGCUACAAACACUACGAAGACUGGACAACCCUUCGAUCGAGAUGUGCUGGACUCACUCUUACGGCGAACUGGCUUCUAUAUGCCUUCGUUCGAGAUUUAUGGAGGAGAAAAGGGCCUGUACGAUUAUGGUCCGCCUCUUACUGCUCUACAAUCCAACUUCGUUGAUCUAUGGCGCAAGCAUUUUGUGCUCAGAGAGAAAAUGCUCGAGGUCGAUACCACUAUCAUUACCCCCGAACCUGUAUUCAUAACGUCUGGCCACGUCGCCAAGUUCGCUGACUUUAUGUCUAAAGACCCUAAGACUGGCGAGAUCUUCAGAACAGACCAUCUGAUCAAGCAAGUACUUGGUGCAAGACUGAAAGCCGACCAGGACGCUCGUGGUCAAACGAUAGAGGUUGAGAAACCAGACGAGCCACAGAAAAAGAAGAAAAUUAAGGACGUUAAGAUUGAGAAGUUAGACGACGCAGUAGCUCAAGAAUACAAUGAAACACUUGCAAAACUAGACAACUACGAUGGAGAAGGCUUCAACGAGCUCAUCAAGAAGUUCGACAUCAAGGGUCCAACCAGUGGUGUCGACCUAGACCCGCCGAAGCCUUUCAAUCUGAUGUUCCAAACGUACAUUGGUCCUAGUGCUGACAAACCCAAUGGUUAUCUACGUCCCGAGACUGCCCAGGGUCAGUUUCUCAAUUUCCAGAAACUGCUCGAGUUCAACAAACAGAAAAUGCCCUUCGCUUCUGCCUCCAUCGGCAAGUCCUUCCGAAACGAAAUCUCUCCACGUCAAGGUUUAUUGAGGGUAAGAGAAUUCCUGAUGGCUGAAAUCGAACACUAUGUCGACCCUGAAAGUGGCAAGAAGCACGAGAAGUUCGAAGAUGUGAAGGACGUCAAGCUUACCCUACUCAACAGACAUACACAACUGGCUGGAAGUGAAAAGACUGAAGUGAUGACGGUAGGCGAUGCUGUCUCGAACAAAGUCAUUGAUAACGAGACUCUUGGCUAUUUCAUCGUUCGCAUCCAAGACUUCCUCCUCAAGCUCGGCAUAGAUCCUAGCAAACUCCGUUUCCGCCAACACAUGGCCAACGAGAUGGCUCAUUAUGCCGCUGACUGCUGGGACGCUGAACUUUUUGGCUCUUUCGGUUGGAUCGAAUGCGUUGGAUGCGCUGAUCGCUCCGCCUACGAUUUGACUGUUCACAUGAAGAAGACCGGUGCCCCAUUGGUAGUACGUGAGAACCUUCCCGAACCAAAGAAGUUCAAGGAGUAUCAAGUCGAUAUGAACAAGAAGAAACUAGGUCCUAAAUUUCGGAAAGAUGCGAAAGCGGUCGAGAACGCUGUUGAAGACUUGUCCCAAGAUCUCAGAGAAAAGCUCUCGUUGGAAUUGAAAGAUAGUGGAAAAAUUACCAUCGACACCCCAAACAUUGGCAAUGGCAAGACGGAACUGGACAAAGACCUAAUCACAAUCGAGCAAAGAGAAGUCACACAGCAUAUCCGAGAAUAUACUCCGAACGUCAUUGAGCCAUCCUUCGGUAUCGGCAGAAUAUUGUACCAUCUCCUCGAACACGUCUUCUGGACUCGUUCUUCCGAAUCUCAAGACGAACCAUCAGCAAGAAACGUGUUAAGCAUCCCACCUCUCAUCGCGCCCAUCAAAGUCCUUAUUGUCCCGCUCUCAAAUCACCUUGAUUUCAAACCUUUCCUGCGUCACUUGACGUCUCUUCUCGACGAAAUGGACGUCGCCAACAGUAUCGAUGACUCCAGCGCAAGUAUUGGCAAGCGAUACAGCCGGAACGACGAGCUAGGCACUCCUUUCGGAAUCACUGUAGAUUUCCAGACCGUGAAGGACAAGACCAUCACCCUUCGAGAACGAGACAGCACAAAGCAAGUACGUGCGAGUCAGGAGGAUAUCUGCGCUGCCAUUGAAUCGCUAGUAAGAGGUAGGGAAACAUGGGAACAGGUCAGCAAGCGGCUGCCGGAAUUUACAAGUCAAGAGGUAGAUUAG